ACCGACGACCCUCCGGCCUCGGCCUCCUCCUGGGGUGGUGACCGCCCCUACAACGCGGACUGGAGAUGGGAGGGCCCUUGGCGCCCAAACUCGUGGUCAAGCUGGUGGAGCUGGAGCCCGAGUUGGUGGUCCCGCGGCUACGGCUGGGACCAGGAGUGGGACUGGCGGCAGUCCUGGAACGAUUGGCAGGGCUACUGGCAGAAGCCCUAUGAGGACCAGUGGUCUUGGAGCAGCUGGCGAAGUUGGCCAUCAUCGUACCAAGAAGAUAGGCCAUCGUGGCAAAGCGAGGAGCCCGCACCUCGACAAGGGGACUCUUGGGAGGCAUGGCAAAGCCAGGCACCGCCGAGGGAGCAGGAGGCCGCGCAGGCUUCCACUCAGCCAGACCCUUCGGAAACUUCGAGGGACAGGCAGAUCUCCUUCCCGCAGCCUGCAGCGUCUGCAGAGCCUGUGGACGAGGCUGCUCCACCACAUCAGGAGCGGCCGGACCCUUGGAAGGACUGGCAGAGCUGCGCUUCAACUUCAAGGGAGCCUGCGCAG